AUGACCUACACAUGCAUACGGAUCGAUCCACAGUCACCUUCACUGUCCCAUCUGGCGCAAAAGUACAAAUCACUCCGCCUUUCUGCACUCGCCGAAUCCCCUCACUCGUUUUCAUCAACCUACGACAAGGAAUCGCAAUACACGGACGAAUGGUGGGAAAGCCGCCUCCAGCUGCCAGGGCGGGAGACUUUCAUCUGCUCCGUGCAUGAUGCCAGCACCUCCGCCGACGAAGGGGAAUGGAUCGCGCAAGUCACGCUCCUCGGGCCCGUGCCGGCAAAAUCAUAUGCCCUGCCUGAAGCAGCACAGCAGCCGCCUGUAUGCUCAGACGCAGAUGAAGAGAAGUGGCAAAUGCUGAGCCUGUACACGCUGCCCGCGCACCGUGGCAAGGGAGUUGGAAAGAUGCUGUGCCGCGAGACCUUCAGCUGGCUGCAACAGAUGGAGAUGGGAUCUGGAAAGCAGCAGCAAAAGCAAAUACGUGUACGGAUCAUGGUCAAGCCGGAGAACACGGCAACGGUCAAAAUGUACGCAGGGCUCGGAUUUGUGGAUGCUGGGAGGUGCACGUUGGCUGAGGCAUUGAAGGCGAAUGGGGACGGGGAGAUGGUGCCGGAAGAUGGAGGUGGUCCAAAGUUCAAUCAACGAACGGGUUUGAUCAUGGCGGCAACGUUAACCAAAGAAUAA